AUGGACAGAAUACAGAAACAACGUAAGGACCUUCUUCAAGAUAUUUGCGCAGAUAUGAAAUCGGAUAACAGAUACUAUCAUCAAACCAAAAAAGAGACUAAGUUGAUCUUCAAUGACGAUUAUAAUAUCCUAUACUGUUAUAUUGCCAAAGUUGGUUGCACUAAUUGGAAACGCAUAUUUAUAGUUUUAUCAGGGGUUCAAAAUAGUACACUUAGUAUUCCCCACACUGUAGCGCAUACUCAUAAUCAUUCAACUAUUUCGCGAACAGGACAUAGAAUGCAAAACUACACUUCAUUUUUAUUUGUUCGUCACCCUUUUCAGCGACUAUUGUCUGCAUACAGAAAUAAAUUUGAAAUACCAGACGAGCAUCAAUUUGAAAAGACGUUAGGGCGACGCAUUAUAUCUCUUUAUCGCUCUAAUACAACUGAUAAGAAACAUGUAAUGUUUUCCGAAUUUGUUCGUUUUCUGUUAAAUUCUAAAAGCAAGUCUAGUUUCAACAGUCACUGGGAUUUCCAGCAUAAAAUAUGUGCAGUGUGCGAACGUUCGUACGAUUUCAUUGGUCACUUCGAAAAUAUUGUAGAAGAAUCAAAUUAUCUUCUUCGUUCCAUUGGCGUUACUAAUUUAUCCUUCCCAGAUGCGUUCAGUACUCAUGCAACUAACAGUUCUGAUGAAAAUAUCUAUUUAAAAUACUUCUCACAAAUUCCACCAGAUGACAUAAUUAAACUAUAUGAAUUAUAUAAAUGGGACUUUAAAUUGUUUGGAUAUCCUUUUCCACAAGAACUAUUUUAA